AUGCACACGAUCAUCGAAGCUGUCAAACAGAAAUAUGAAUCACCAGACCUCAAAACCCCAGAGUUCUACGUCUGGUUCAACGACAUCGUCUCCAACGAUUUCAACACCCUUUUCAGUUCCCUCCCACCCGAUCGGAGCUACGAAAUUUUAGCAGUGCCCGGAGACUUCCACCCUCGCCUACUCCCACAGUCGUCCAUCCACUUUGCGUAUGCUGCUUGGUCUCUCCACUGGCUGUCAGAGGUGCCCAAGGCAGCGGAGGGGCUCAAGUCUUUGAUUUGGAGCGGAGGAGAGAAUGAGGAGGUUUAUGCAGCUUAUUUGAAUCAAUUUGAGAGGGAUUUGGAAGCAUUCUUGAAGUGUAGGGCUGUGGAAAUGGUGAAAGGUGGGAUUAUGGCUCUCCUAAUUCCUGCACUACCUGCCCAUUGGGACCCACAAAAAGAGUUUACGGUUGGGACGUUGGCCGACCUUCUCAGAUCUUCCCUCCUCGACAUGGUCAAAAAGGGAAGAUUAUGUAAGGCGAGGUCGGAGACUUUUAACUUUCCAUGCUACACUCCCACCUCAGAGGAGUUGAGAGCCAUGUUGCAAAAGAGCAAUAAUUUCAACAUAGAAAAAAUGGAGAUUUUAAAGACGAGGACAUUGCUCACUAUUGAUGGCCAUGUGGCAUUUUUUAGGGCAGUUAAACAAAAUAUGUUUAUGCAUGAGUUUGGAGACGAAAUCAUCGACGAAACGUUCGACCUUUUGAAGAAGAAACUCCAAUAUUCACUAGCUUACGCAAAUCCUUCUAAUGAUAAAACUAUUGUGGUGGUUGUUAUUCUCAAGCGCAACGAUGUUUAG